AUGGAGGACGACUACGGCGCCGACGAGGCCCUCCUCGCGGCCAUGGCUGCCGCCGACGCAGCCCCGUCGACUCGCACGACGGUUCGGCAGCCGGUCCCUCAAAGGAUUCAACAGCCCAGGCCGCAACGACUGGACAAAGCACCGCCCGUCAAUGCGUCCAGGACCAAGGUUGUGCAGCCCACGCCACAGGCUCUCCCGCAGAAACAAACGGGCGGAUCGACCAUCCUGGUAUCUCCUCGCCAGAGAGGGAACCCAGUGCUCGCGUCGAUACGAUCGUUGCCAUGGGAGUACAGUGAUAUUCCAGCCGACUUUGUCCUGGGGCUCACGACUUGCGCACUGUUUCUGAGUCUCAAGUAUCACCGACUCCAUCCCGAAUACAUCUACACACGCAUACGAAACUUGCAAGGCAAAUACAACCUACGCAUACUGCUCACCAUGGUGGAUAUACCCAAUCACGAAGACUGCCUACGGGAGCUCUCCAAGACGUCGCUCGUGAACAACGUCACCAUCAUCUUGUGCUGGUCGGCUGCCGAGGCGGGCCGGUACCUCGAGUUGUACAAGUCGUACGAAACGGCGAGCUUUGCAGCCAUCCGCGGGCAACAGUCUUCCAGCUACGCCGACAAGCUGGUCGACUUUGUGACGGUGCCCCGAAGCCUCAACAAGUCUGACGCCGUCGCGCUCGUUGCCAACUUUGGCAGUCUGAAGAAUGCCAUCAACGCGGAGCAGGAGCAGCUCGGAAUGAUCAGCGGGUGGGGAGGCGUCAAGGUCAAGAGGUGGUCGGAUGCAAUCGAGGAGCCGUUCCGGGCAAAGAAGGCGGCCAAGCGGGGCAUGCAGCCGGCGAAGCUGGGAACCCAGCAGGCAAGCAUCAGCGAGGGCGGCCAGCAUGCAGGACGGGUGUCGCGGUUGGAAGAGGCCGUGCCGCUUUCGAGAGUGCCUCUCAGAGAUAUGCCUGCCACGACGGCUGGUUCUGGUGCGUCUUCGGCAACGGGGACGCCACAUGGGGGCACGCCGAGCAGCGCAUCUGCGCCAAAGCAGUUCCGCUUCCUGGACGACCAGGUUGGGGACGGGGACGGGGACGAGGACGACGAUGCGGCGGAGGCUCUUGCGGCGGCUGCUGUUGGAGAUUCGAGAGCGUCUUUGCAGCCAGCCGAGGAACAUUCCGACUCGGGCCGGGCAACGGGCGCGGAGCGCGUGGAGGAUGAUGGGUUGAGUGGUGGCGUUGCGGCAGCUCUCGCCAAACUGCGUGAGAAUGGUUGA